AUUCCACAAAGGAUCUUUUCUACCUGAUGGACAACAGCCGAAUACAAAGUGACCAGAACUAUUCUCUCCCUUACCAGCAGUAUUGGGUCUUCAGGCAGAAGUACUCAGCAGAGGAAGCUGUGCUUUGGUGUCUCACACGUUGUGCACAAGAAGAUGAGUUUUGUCGAAUGGCAGAUCUUCAAAACACUGCAGACAAAUACUUCGUGUGCACCCUCUAUCCAGAGGCACAGAUUUGUGAUGGCAGCAUCAAUCAAAUACCAGAAAUCUGUCGAACUGUCCUACCCUGGCAACCACAAACAUUGUAUCGUAAAAUAGUCACUCUAAAAAGUUCUGUGAAGAGCUUCUACACACGUGUACCAUUCCAGAAAGUAACGGGGAUGUCAGUGAGGAAUAAGACUGACAUGAGCAGAAAAGCUGUUUCAGAUGGCUUCUUUGAGUGUGAGCGUUGGUGUGAUGCUGACCCCUGUUGCACAGGAUUUGGGUUUUUUAAUGACUCCCAGCUAUCAGGUGGAAAGAUCGUGUGCCUGACUCUGAACAGCCUAGGAAUCCAGACGUGUGCUGAGGAAACAAGAAGUGCUUGGCAAGUUUCAAAUUGUAGUUCACCGGAUGCUGAAGUCAGAGUACACCCGUUUGGCUGGUAUCAAAAGCCUGCUGACUUGAAGAACACCAUGCCUAACCUGUGUCCACCUAUUAGUUUACCUCUCAGGCCAGAAAGUGAGUAUUUGGAUAUAUGGCAACCCUUAAAUGUGUCCUCUGUUCUCAUGGAUUCAUCCAUCUCAAACUUUGAAGUUGUGCAAGUUAGUAGAGAUAUAUCCAAUGACUUCUUCACUGCCAGAGACUUUUGUCUCUCCGCUUGUUCAAAGAACCAGUCAUGUACAGUGGUUACACUGGAAAUCCAGCCUUCAGCAGUAAGAUGCCUUUUCUACCCUGAUACACAGAUAUGCACACAUGGACUGCAAGGGCACAGCUGCCGGGUUUUACUCAAAGAGCCAGCUACAUAUAUCUAUAGGAGACAAGGUAAGAGCAGGUUAAGGAGGAACUCAACUGUCCCAUCUGUGUACAUCCCGUCCCAUGGAGAUCUGACGGGCAAAUCCCAGGUGAUCCGCAUUGGCUCCGAGUGGAGAAAUAUCAGCCAGUUCCUGGGGAUCCCAUAUGCUGCACCUCCCCUUGCAGAGAGGCGCUUCCGACCUCCAGAGCCGUUUGCUUGGGUGGAAACCUGGAAUGCUACUGUGGCUCGGGCAGCUUGUUGGCAGCCAGGAGAUGGAGAGGCCCCAUUAUACUCUGUCAGUGAAGACUGCCUAUAUCUGAAUGUCUUUGUUCCUGCCACCACUGUCAAAAACAUGUCAGUGUUGCUGUUCUUCCACAACGGAGGGAGUUACAAUGCUGAGGCGGGAACGACAACCAUAGAUGGAUCAUACCUAGCUGCCAUCAGUAAUGUCAUUGUCGUGACGGCAAACUACCGGGUUGGUGUUUUUGGCUUCUUCAGUACUGGUUCUCCAGAGGUGAGUGGAAAUGCUGGCCUUUUGGAUCAGUUGGCAGCUUUGAAGUGGGUGCACCAGAACAUCGCUAGCUUUGGAGGUGAUCCAAGCCGGGUUUCUUUAGGAGCUGACCGCGGCGGGGCAGAUGUUACCAGCAUUCACCUGCUCACAGAGACAGCGGAUAUGGACCUCUUCAGCAGGGUGUUAUUGAUGGGAGGUUCAGCUUUUUCUCCAGCAUCCAUUAUUACUACGAGGAGAGUGCAGACCCAAGCAGCAGCCCUGGCUGAAGAUGUGGGAUGCCCUUCAUCCACCAAUGAGGAAAUUGUAGCCUGCCUCCGCCAGUUACCUGCUCGUGUCCUCAAUGAUGCACAGACUAAGCUCCUAGCUGUAAGUGGUCCAUUCCAGUACUGGGGUCCAGUGAUGGAUGGAAUUUACCUUCGGGAACCUUUAGCUAAAGCCCUGCAGCGCCCUCAACUUCGGAAAGUAGAUCUGCUCAUUGGAAGUGCUCAGCAAGAUGGGUUGAUCAGCAGAGCUAAGGCAAUUAAGAAAUUUGAAGAAAGUCAAGGAAGAACCAACAGCAAAACAGCCUUUUAUCAGGCUCUGCAAAAUUCUUUGGGGGGAGAAGACUCCAACUCGUUCAUUGAAGAUGCAGCUACGUGGUAUUACUCCCUCGAACACUCAACCGAUGAUUAUUCAUCCUUUUCCAGGGCUUUGGAAAAUGCCACCCGUGACCAGUUUAUCACGUGUCCCAUCAUAAACAUGGCCAGUCACUGGGCUGCUGCCUCCAGAGGAAAUGUCUUCAUGUACCACGUACCUGAGAGCUAUAGUCAUUCAGGUCAGGAGUUCUUGCUGGAUGUUCAGUAUGCAUUUGGACUGCCAUUCUACCCGAAGUAUGAAGAACAAUUUACUCUGGAAGAAAAGAGCCUUUCCUUGCAAAUUAUGCAGUAUAUCUCCAAUUUUGUAAACUCUGGAAAUCCAAACUACCCUCAUAGUUUCUCAAGAAGAAUGUCAGGGGUGAUGCCCCCCUGGCCUAUGUAUCUGCCAAACGAUGAUGGUGAUAACUACAAGGAGUUCACUGUUUCCUUGCCAACUCUUAAAGGAUUAAAAAAAGCAGACUGUUCCUUUUGGUCUGAUUAUAUCAGAAGACUGAAAGCAUCCACAGGAAGUGCAAGUAAUGGAGAGCUAUCUGCAGAAAGCAGCUCUAGUGAAGCUCCCAGUGAAGGACUUACGUCCCGGGAGAGACAGCCACUGGGAGACAAGGUGGCUUACAGCAGAUGA